CCGGGAAGGGAAUUGUCAGUUGUGGCUAAAACUCAACAACCGUUCCACAUUCAGCAUCACACUGCCCAGGCCGGUCCAAGCAGAUUCAAAAUAGAUUUCACAGGUUUUAGGAGCAAAGACCUGAUGGAUGAUUUCAGUAGAGCGGUGACACCAGAAGUUGCAGGUACGAGCUCCGUGCCAUCAGCUAACACAACACCUGUAUCAACAUAUGGGAAAAAUGAACUCCAAGGCUCAGGGCUUGACAUAAUAUGCACUCCUGUGCACAGGGCGAUAGAGCCGAAUAAGGCGGCGGGAACAACACCUGUUAGCCUGAACAGGGAGAUCGCGGCACAAGAGUUGGACGUACGUGAGGAGAUGGAGGAGGCAGCAAUCAACCUGAACGUUCCACAGACACAAGAUGGCCUCAGUACACAGCCACAACGAAAAAGAACAGUUAAGCCAGGCAAGGCUGCACGGUCCCCUUUUGUUCUGGGGUACGAUCCUCCCCUAAGAGCACCAGCUAAUGUUGAAAAGGUCUUCAAGAUGUUUAUGAAGGAGCCCGCAUCUGCAAGGAAAGACAAUUGGGUUAUAAGCACUCAGCCAAAAUACAUCGAGCUCUCUGCCAAGCGAAUCAGGACGAACCUUUCGGAAGGGGGUGUGAUAGAUAAUGAUUUGAUGACAAUAGUAGUUAGAAGAUAUCAGCAGAUUGACUACACUUUUGCAUUGGCUAAAGAUGAAGGGUGCUGGCGACAUUGGCUCGAGCCAGACUUUGUGAACCAUGUGAGCAGAGGAGACGUGAUUGUGAGGUAUGUGCAGGACAUGUUUAUUGGGGAACAUAUCAAGUAUGACGUGCACAGAUGCACUGAGUUCUUACUCAACGUCAAGUUCAACUUCACAUGGUCGACCUACAUUUGGGAUUUUGUAAAGAGGAGGAUAAUCGUUCUUGACCCAACAAUUAACAACGGAGACGAGUCUGACAAAGUCAUCCAGAGUAGGCACAGAAAGGUUGCAGACAAUCUUCAUGAAGCAUUGCAAAGGUGCAUUCAAGCAUUUUUUCAAGGUUGGGCUCCUGACAUGACGAGAUGGAAUACAGUGUUCCCGAAAGGGAUAAACGUUGGUCUAUGCAGCGGGCCAGACAGCGGGGUAUAUGCACUGCACUAUGGCCGGAAUUGGAUGGGAAGCAAAUUCAAGAGGGACCUGAACCCGCAACACGACGGGGUGCUCCAUUCCAGGAUGAACAUACUGGUAGAUGUGCUUGGACUGGAGGGGAACAUUGGACACUUGCCUGAGAGAUACAAGAAGUGCCUUGUUAGGAACAAGGAGGAUGCGUGAUGAUUAUUGCUCUAGCAAACUAUCUGCGCUUGUUUGGUCGAGAAUCGAAGCUGCAGUUUGAACUUUUAUAUGUAUGGGACGUCCUAAUCUGCAAGCUUUAUGCUUUUGGGCAGUCAAGAAAACUGAAUUUAGCGGACUGUAAGAUUUAGUAAAUUAAAGCUUUAACCAUUUGGUGCAAUCCGUUAUGGCCUAUAGGUGUUUGAAAAAACUAUGCCCAAAUUCACAUCGUUGUGGAUUUUAUCCAGAA